GGACAUGAAAGUAGCAAUAAGGUUUCCAUUCUUAUCUUGAACGGCUUUUUUCAUCGCAUGGAGAUACUGUGUUCCUAGAGAAGAGACUACCUAAGGUUUUGUCAUGCGCUUUCUUUUUUGCACUCAGGAAAGGGGUAAUUUAUACCUAUUAACAACACCCUUUGGGAGAUUGGGGUAAGCGGGGGGUAUUCUUGCUCACAAUAAAUUAGCUGAUACUGUAUAAAAUCUAAAUACAUACUUAGGAAUAGCAGAAAAGGAUGUUGAAAAAAUGGUGAAUUUCACAGCCCAGGGUUUUGACUCUAGGAUGGGUCCAAAUUAGUCAUAUCUAUUAAUGUUAAUGCACAUAUUGUAUUAUGUAAAGCCUUUCAUCAGUGUAUGCACUUUUGAGGGCAUUGAAGUUUUAAGAACACAUCUUGUUUUAUACUGUUGCUGAACAUUGGAAUUUAGCUUAGAUAUUCAGAACAGGAAUUUUUUUCUAGAUUUCAUAGCCCAUGGAAGUAGUGAUACUUUUCACCAGUACUCAGGUGACCGAUAAGGCCUGUGGCCCUCUUGUUAAUGCCCCCAUCAUAGGGCUGCAAAGGGUACCCAAAAUAGCUGAAAACUUCAGGUUGUGUUGUUUGGGUCACGUAUGGUUCAAGUCCGGUUUUUACGAUAGAAUCAUUGUUAGGAAUCUGUUUAAACAAAAUGGCAUCAAAAUCCUCAAAUGUAGCUGUAUUUUGAUCAAUUGUGAAAUGAUGGCAUUGUGGGCAAAACAAUGACAGUAUGUAAGAUAUGUCAGACACAUUUAAAAUACGCCACAGGAUCAACAUCAAUGACAAAACAUUGAAAGCAUGGAAUGAAAAUGAGUAGAAGUGACAAUGCUGUUUCUAGUACCAUGGAUUUCAAGUUUAAACCAGUCCACAUCCGCAAGUAAUUAUUGUAAUGAAAUACAAUAAAGGUUUUUGAUUUUAACUGUAUAUUAGAUUUUUAAAAUAGCUAUAUAGACCUGAACUGAAAUAAUCAAACUCGAAUUAAAAAAUCCUAAACCGACCCGACCCGAAAAUUUUAGGAACUGUGACAGCCCCACCCCGUUACUAUAGUCAGGGGCAUAUUGGGUUUCUUCUUUGCCUGUCUGUCCGUAACUUUAAUCUUGCUCAUAGCUUUUGAAUGGUGAGUGAUAGGACAUUUCAUGUUUCAUAUGUGCAUUCCUUGUGCCUUUUUUAAGGCACCCAAUUUUUAACCUUUUGGCCUUAAAGUUUGACUUUUAAGAAACCCUACCCUUUUCAAUAUCUCUUGAACUUUUUUAGGUGGAGCUUUCAUAUUUUUGUAUAGAUUUAUUGUGGCAAGACCUUUCAUUUCAUACUGUGAUAUUUGAUCUUUAACUUCUCCAGAACAGCAUGGUCAUGUUAGUCGUAUUAGUAUUGAGACAUCCCCAUGUGCAAUUUCAAGGUCGGUUAUGUCAUAACCCUUUGGGGUUAGGUCAGGGCCACAAUAAUGGGUCAACAUUGUUCAUGGGAAUGAAGAUAGAAAAAAAAAUCUUUUAAAAAUCACAACAGCUAAACGACAGCAAGGCCAUGGUGACUCAAGUGAGCGAUGUGGCCCAUGUGCCUCUAGUUUUAAAGCAGAAAUGUAACAGGAUUUGUUGUUUUGUGUCAAAGGAUUAAAAGUUAGGAAAUUUGAUUCCUCCUUGUCCUCUUUACCCCCCUAAUAAGCCACACCUGUGAAGUAUGUACCACUCAGGUAAUCAAUUGAAAUCACUGACUCACCUUGAUAAUAAUCUUUGGUGUGGGAAAAAAUAAACAACAGCAAAAGUUUAUCACAGAUUGGGUCACAGUUUGAUCACAGACAAAAGACACACUGGGUAACUUGGUGUCAUCUGAAAGACAGCGGGGAUGUUGUUGUGCUGGGUCUCCGAGAUUUACAGCAGUUUAGGGCAUUGAAGAUAAUGGUUGUGUUUAGUCAUGGAAUGAAUUGAAAUCCAGCAUUAAAUUGAAUACUAGAAAUCCAAUCAGACCUUCCACAGGACACAUAAUUUAUAAUGUGGUUGAAGUAAUUAAGAGAAGAGAAAAUUGUUUUAAAAAUAGUUGCAUGUAUAAUACACAAUUCUGAAGAAUUUCUUUUUGAAAAUUGCAGGCUGCAUUAAUGUAACGAACUGCAAUAUUAACCAGGGAUUCAUUAUUUUAACGAUCAAUAUUUUUCUCCAACGCAAUACUUGACAUUUAGGUAAUGAAAUGCUUUGACAAUAUUUAAACUAUUUCAUAUGCUAUCAAUCUGUUUGCUCUGACCUAUUUGAUAAUUUAAUGAUAAAUUCCUUUCUGAAAGGUAGGAAAAUAUUGACCGUGCAUUUAAUUUUGCAAAUCUACAAUGUUUUAAUGGUUUAUUUACAGGGUAUGUAUUGUGGCAUUUUUCUCAUGUCUGACUUCUUUUUUUUUGAAUUGUGAGAAAUCAGAUUUUCUGCUGAAUGAAAAAUGUGUCUGAAAAUUAUCACACACACUAUUGCCUUUCAUAGUUUUCUUAAUUCUUUUUAAACAAUAUUUAAACAAGACUGCAUUAGUUGAAUUAGUUCCAAUUUUUUAUGUUAAACUGCGGACAGAAGGGCCUAUAAAAUAUGAUAACAGUAUACAAAGUAUCAAUAUCUUUGGCUUCAUAUAUUAUCUCUCUAUAGGACUGCAAUUUAAAACUCCACUUGUUUCAUGGCCUGGUUGUAUAUAUAAUCUCAAAGUUAUUAUGAUAUGAAGAUAAAGUUACUGUGAAUAAUUGAACUAUUGAUAAAAGGUAUAGAGGACUGUGUUGGUGAUUUGAGUCUACUGAUGAAAAAUAACUAGGCUAAUUAUUGGUCCUCAAGGAUGGACAUUAUUGUUCCAUGCUGGUAAUUUAAGGACUAUCUCCUUUAUAAUAAUAGGUCCUGUAAUGCCCUCCCAUUGCUUCACUUGAUUGAUCACAGAUCAAUUAGCAGUUCCUAUUGUUCAAAACUAUGGAAGGCAGGUCUUUUUUUCAACUACAGGCCAUACCCAACUAUGUGCAAGACAGUGUAUAGAAACCUUGAAAUGUGUGGCUCUCUUACCUGUUCUACUGCGAUCGAACGAUCGAAGUGAAACACCCAAUGUGUGAUAACACUUAUGUCCCUUUAAAUUUUCAAAUUGUUCAAUAUUUUGGAUGUAUUUUGGAUAUAGUGUGUGUUGACUUGAUAAACACUUAAAAUGAAUGUGUGGCAGCUGUGUUAGAAUCAUAAACCUACCACAGAACAUGUAUUAUAGAUCUAAAUUCAUACAAUCAUUUCACUGACUGGAUUUCAUUUUGAAAUGGGAAUAAUUGGAUAUUGGAAAUGAAACCCCAGCUCGUUUUCUACCGUGCUUACCAAGAUGAAUUUAUGUUUGGAAGGAGUUCCAUGUCUUAAUCUAACAUAUCCACAAUUACAGCGCUACCUUUCUCAGUCCUCUCGGAGCCAGCCUGCAAUAGGACUGAAACAGACAGCAAAGCCUAGGCCAUCCAUUUUUGGAACCAUUACUAAAGACAAGAACCCCAAGGACAGACGUCUGAGAACUGUGAGCCCCCAGAUGCUCAGCUUUUCUCAAAUGUUUGAUCACAGUCGGACAGGGAACAACAACAACAAUCCACACAGUCAUUACUCCAAAGACCAGACCUUGAUAUUUGCUGAUGGAAUACUAAUGGCAGGGUCCAUGGAAGCUUUGAUUCAACACCUUGUCCCAACAGAUGAAUACAAUCCAGAUAAAACCUAUGUGUUUGCCUUUCUGCUCAGCUCUAGGCUGUUUAUCCGACCUCAUGACCUUCUUGAUGAAGUUUGUCAGGUGUGCAUCCUGCAGCAAAAUCUGUCAGGGGAUAAAUUGAGAAAGGAGAAGUUAGGCAAGUUUGGUCCUAAUAUCAUUCAACUGCUAAACGAGUGGGCAGACAUGUUCCCAUAUGAUUUCCGAGAUGAGAGAAUGAUGAAAAAACUGAGAGAAAUAACACAACGAAUUCUGGCUAUCUACCCGGAACUCAGACCUGAUGUCACAAACACUACACAUUCCCUGGUGAAAAAGUUGACUGAAUUACAAAAUUAUGAGCAAGAUUUAGCCAAAUGGAGUAGUGAAGCAACUUUAAGAUCGAAUACUCAGGAAGUGCCAACGACAGAUAUAAUUGAAGUUUGUCCUAGUCCUCUCGAGUUGGCUCAACAACUUACCCACAUAGAGCUGGAUAGGUUAAGUCACAUAGGGCCGGAGGAAUUUGUUCAAGCCUUUUCAAAAGAGCCAACCACAAAAGAGACCACAUACAAAGACAUGAAGAAAACCAGUAAUUUGGAAGCCUAUGUCCAGUGGUUCAACAGACUAAGUUACUUUGUUACUACAGAAAUUUGCUCACAUUUAAAGAAAAAGAAUCGGGUUCGAAUCAUAGAAUAUUUUGUUGAUGUGGCAAAAGAGUGCAUAAAUAUGGGCAACUUCAACUCCCUCAUGGCAAUUAUUGCUGGGAUGAACAUGACCUGGGUAUCAAGGUUAAAGAAAACGUGGUCACGAGUAAAUACUGCCAAGUUUGAAAUUUUGGAACAUCAGAUGGACCCCACCAGUAACUUUGGGAUAUAUCGUUCCUGUCUCAAGGCAGCCAUGUGGCGGUCCGAAGGUGCAGAAGCAGGCAGCAAACAAGAAAAGAUCAUCAUUCCAUUCUUCAGUUUGUUUGUAAAAGACUUGUAUUUCCUGAAUGAGGGUUGUUCUAACAAACUUCCCAAUGGAGAUAUCAACUUUGAGAAAUUCUGGCAGCUGGCAAAACAGAUCUCAGACUUCAUUACCUGGCAGCAGGCAGAGUGUCCAUUCCCAAAAAAUGACAAAGUGAUCAAUUACCUUUUGACAUCACCUGUAUUCUCAGAGUCUACCCUAGCUCUAGCAUCAUUUGAAUGUGAGGCACCAGAAAAAAGCUUUGAGAAAGAAAAACACAAACAAUUAAAAGCCAGUGCAGGAGUUUGACAAAGUGUUUUAUGACAGUAAUACAUUUAUGCUUCAUAUCAGACAAGCCAUUGGCUGAUGUUCACUUCCUAGUCAUUCGUAAUAAUCUGCUGUCAGAACCUUCAGAUUAACCAUUCCAUGAAGAAGUUUGGAGACUGUAACUGAAAUAUUCUGAACUUUAUUCACUGCCAGAAAAUACAAUGCAAGGAGGGAGGAAACUGGCCACCUAUCAGUUUAUUGGACAUAGAGACUCUUGGUGUCAAGGGAGAUAAUUCACAGAUUGUAUCAAUGUGUUUCCCAAACUUUUCAUAUGUUGAAGUACAAAAUGUUUUAUCUGAUGUACUUGAUACACUUUAUUUAUAUUAUUUUUACAAUUUUUGACCAAAGGGGCUUAUAGGUUCAUGGGUAAUUGUUUUUAGUAAGAAACUAUUUUAGCAAAUUAUCCUGGAGAGAAAAUAAAUCUAUACAAUUAAUCCCUUAUAUUGUUUAAGCAAUAUAUGCAAUGCAUUACAAUUACUUUGAAAUUUAUUAAGAUAUUUGUUCAGUCAAUUCCCGCAGGUACCAUUUUUGUAUUUGUAUAAAUGCAUAUUCUUUUAAAAAUAUGUCAAAUGCCUGUAUUUAUUGCAUGAUUGUUUAGCACUUCAAAAUUUGUAGUUAUCAUUUAUUGAGGGGGGGGGGAUAAGACCAAAAGAUAAUUUUGGAGUAUCCAUCUUUAUAUAAAUGAAACAUUGAUGAGUGGGUCUACUAACAAUGGAAUUGUCAUCGAUAUAUUUUCUUUGAAUUUGGGGGUGUCUUUAAAAGUGCUUGUUAUUCUCCCAAUUCCUUGUCUCUGAUGUAAAGAGUGCUAUAUAUUUUGAUACUGUGUGAUUUGUAACUGUGCAUGUGAUAAAAAGAGCCUUGAAUUGUGUCAAGGCAACACUUGAUCUCAAUCACAUCAUUUUUGUCAAUGUGUCAUUUCCCAUUUUGUCAUAACCAACAUAUAAGGCAUUCACAGUGAAAUAUCCAUUUCUUUUCAUUCAACCCAUAUUAUUUGGUCCAAAGGAAAUGUUAAUUUAUAUUUUGAAAAGUAUUUAUAUUUUGUAAAAUAUUCUGCUGUUUAGCAGAGCAGUGCAAUUAAGGACAUCACUGGAUGAAAUUGUCCUGCAAAACCUCUGUUGAUUAUUCGUUGUUAAUCAGGUGGUCUACUGAGCAGUGUAGGAACUUACCUUAUUUUUGUUAUUAUACAUUGUUAUCAAGUAUUGUACAGAAAUUAUGUAAAUGGGCGGUUUUUGUUCUACUUGAAUCUCUCAUUGAAUAAAUUAUUGAAAUAACUUAAA